AUGCCGCCUAGUGGAAAAGCCGUCGAUAAAGCUAGGCCCGCCGGAGACAAGAAGCGACGAAGGAGGAGAAAGAGGAGGGAGACCUUCGGCGUCUACAUCUACAAAGUGCUGAAGCAGAUACACCCCGACACCGGCGUAACCAGCAAGGCCAUGGGCAUCAUGAACUCCUUCGUUAACGACAUUUUCGAGCGCAUCGCCGCAGAGGCUUUUCGUCUGGCCCACUACAACAAGCGCACCACCAUCAGUAGCCGCGAGAUUCAGACCGCCGUGCGGCUCCUGCUACCGGCGGGCGAGCUGGCCAAGCACGCGGUCAGCGAGGGCAACAAGGCCAUCACCAAGUACAUGUUUUCCCUCUGACCGCCGCUGCUAAAGAUAACCCCAGCCUUUUU